GGCCAGAGGACGGGACACGGUGAAGAGUGGCUGUGUUGCUCAUUAAAUCCCCCGCUCCUGUCGUCGCCCCUUUGUCUUUGUUGUUUAGUUGCUUUUUCAUUACUUCCUUCACCAGGUUCGCUAGUCUCAGUCAUGUAUCGGUAUUUCGGGGAGAUCCUGAGCCGCUCGGCGGGUAGCGUCCUGGCCUCCGGGUGCGUCGAGUCCGCUCUCCCGGCGUCUUCGUCCAUGAUGCGGGUCCGGCGCUAUGCAGACGCGGCGGAACAGCCCGACGACCCCAAUUUCUGCCGGAUGGUCGAGGGCUUCUUCGACCGCGGCGCCAGCAUCGUGGAGGACCAGCUGGUGGCGGACCUGAAGACCAAGGAGACCACGGAGCAGAAGAAGAAGCGUGUGCGUGGCAUCCUGCGCAUCAUCAAGCCCUGCAACCACGUCCUCAGCAUGUCUUUCCCCAUUCGGAAAGACAACGGAGAGUGGGAGGUGGUGGAGGCGUACCGCGCCCAGCACAGCCAGCACAGGACGCCCUGCAAAGGGGGUAUCCGUUACAGUAUGGAUGUGUCUGUGGACGAGAUCAAGGCCCUCGCCUCUUUGAUGACCUACAAGUGUGCUGUUGUCGAUGUGCCAUUUGGGGGAGCCAAAGCGGGAGUCAAGAUCAACCCCAAGAAUUACUCUGAUAAUGAGCUGGAGAAGAUUACCAGGAGAUUCACUAUUGAGCUGGCCAAGAAGGGAUUUAUUGGACCCGGCAUCGACGUCCCGGCCCCCGACAUGAGCACAGGAGAGAGGGAAAUGUCCUGGAUCGCCGACACAUACGCCAACACCAUCGCACACACUGAUAUCAACGCCCACGCGUGUGUGACGGGAAAGCCAAUCAGCCAGGGAGGAAUCCACGGCCGAAUCUCAGCCACCGGUCGUGGAGUUUUCCACGGCAUCGAGAACUUCAUCAACGAGGCUUCCUAUAUGAGCAUAGUGGGCCUGACACCCGGCUUCCAGGACAAGACCUUUGUCAUCCAGGGCUUUGGUAAUGUGGGUCUCCACUCCAUGAGGUACCUGCACAGGUUUGGAGCAAAGUGUGUGGGCAUCGGAGAGAUUGAUGGAUCCAUCUACAACGCAGAGGGCAUCGACCCCAAAGAGCUGGAGGACUACAAACUGCUGAACGGCACCAUUGUGGGCUUCCCAGGCGCCAAAUCGUACGAAGGGAGCAUCCUGGAAGCAGAUUGCCACAUCCUGAUCCCUGCUGCCGGAGAAAAGCAGCUCACGCGUGUCAACGCUCCCAGGAUCAAGGCCAAGAUCAUUGCUGAAGGUGCCAAUGGACCCACCACUCCAGCUGCUGACAAGUACUUCCUGGAGAACAACAUCAUGGUUAUUCCUGACAUGUACCUGAAUGCUGGCGGUGUGACGGUGUCCUAUUUUGAGUGGCUGAAGAAUCUCAACCAUGUCAGCUAUGGAAGACUGACCUUCAAAUACGAGAGGGACUCCAACUACCACCUGCUCAUGUCUGUGCAGGAAAGUUUAGAGAGGAAGUUUGGCAAGCAGGGUGGGCCCAUACCUAUCGUACCCACGGCUGACUUCCAGGCCAGAGUUGCUGGUGCCUCUGAGAAGGAUAUCGUUCACUCUGGUUUGGCCUACACCAUGGAGAGAUCUGCCCGGCAAAUCAUGCGCACAGCAAUCAAGUACAACCUGGGUUAGGACCUUCGGACGGCCGCUUACGUCAACGCCAUUGAGAAAGUCUUCAAAGUCUACAACGAGGCGGGGCUUACCUUCACAUAAAUGGCCAAUAACGACCCACAAUUCCUCUACCUCCUGCUAUUGAUCACCCCGUCCUGCCUCUUCCACCCUCUAAACAGCCUUCAGAACAUAUCACUGUUUACCGCUGCCCUUUGGCUCUUAUAUAUGUACGCACACACUGGCUAGCCUGGUAUUUGUCCUGUGAUCUUUGCGCUGCCAUCAUUCUGUAUCUGCAGUUGUUUCACUGUUGCCCUGUUUUGCCUGAGGUUAUAUCGAGACGGUUACAUCCUCCCUCUCCCCUCAUAUAGACGUUCUUGAUAUUGUUGUAUGGCAGCCGUGUUCAGAUCGCCCAUUUUGUUCUCGCUGAAUAAACGUGCAACGGACUAUUGCAGUUGGAUAGCACUAAAGAUGCCUUUCUUCAGAAAAAGGUCUGCUCUAAAAGAGAUGGCCAAUUAUAUUACACUUUAAUGAAAAGGGAUUUAGAUUUAUGUUCACGGAUAAAUGAAAGGAUAAAGAUUUUGUUAAUGAGUUUGUAGUCAAACUCUUCAGGAGCAGUGGAUAAUAAUAAAGAUGCCAAAUAAGAUACAUUUUUUCUUCUUCUUUUUUCCGAUGGAUUCUCAUCCUCUUUUCAGUGCUUUCCCUUUGCUCGUCUAUUAAAAGCUGCUUCACCCCGACUCCUCCGCUGGCCAAGAAAGGGGAGCAGGGAGGGCCUGAGGCGUCGCUUUCAUCGCCCGUCCCGUGGUAGAACUUUCCUCACUUUUAAUCAUCCAGUUCUUCGACGUUGACACUAUUUUGGAGGUUAUUACUUUUAUUUUGUUCAUUUUUGGAAACUAAUAAAAUCUUCAGAAAAACAUG